UUUUCUUAUUACCCAUGCUAGCCUCUCUGAUUCAUACCUAGCUAGAUGUUUGUACAAUAAGUUAAUUUGGUGUGCUUUUUUUCGAUAUAUUGCAUCACAGACUGCACACCAUUUUUAUCCAUCAAAAAGGAAACAUCCUGAGAAGGUUACAGAAGCCUUCAGCUCGAAACAUCCCGGAAAUGGCACUUCUUCCUCUUUAGGAAGUGAAGACAUCGAUGAAGCAGUUCGGCAAGUCUUGCUCAACUUCUAUUUAGCUCAUUAAUCGUGGAUAUCCUGAGUUGGAUGAUAAAAUGGCUCUCACUGAGCAUAUUAAGAUGAUCUGCAAAAUUAUCAAAGAUAUUGUUCCAGCUUUCACCAGCGGGAUUGUCACAGUGAGCAUCAUAUCGUGUGUUUUAUUUGCAAUCCAAACAUGUUUGAGCUUAAAACAAGGCAUCUUCAGCAUCGGCGCAAGUGUUUUUCAAAACGGACACCUAUACUGCAUCCUGAUGUUUCCCUUUUACCACCGAACCUUUGCUCAGCUUCUUCUGAACAUCACAACUUUGGUGUUUCUCAGCGGGAGCUUGGAGAAAGGUGUGGGGACGGUCCGUUUCCUCUUUCUGUUCCUCCUGCUGUCCUCGAUCAUAGGCUUGUUUUACAGCUUCAUGGAUCUCCUGCAGGAGGACGGCUUCCAGAGUCACACUGAGGGUUUGGUUCCCGUCACUCUUGCCUCUGUGGCCAUAACUACCAUGCACACAAAGAUGACUAAAGCCUUUCUAUGUGGAGUGAGUUUUCCCACUAUGGCCCUUCCUUGGGUGUUCCUUGUCAUCACCACUGCUCUGGUCCCUCACUGUGUGCUGCCCUGUAAUGUGAUUGCCAUCCUGGUUGGGGUGAUGUAUGGUAAAGGAUGGGUCUCUUUUCUGGACAUGUCUGAGGCCAAGGCUGGAGUUCUGGAGAAGUUGUUGCCUUUCAGGCUGUUCAGGAGCGUCAGCGGUGAUAUGUUCAUCCCAGCUUCCUCCGAGGACAGGAAGAAGACCUUGCUUCCACAGAUCAAUCCCACACCUGGGUCUUACCCAGUGCAGGCUUAUGCUCCAUUACCCACUGCCAACACUGCUGCCAUGACUUAUGAAGGCUGGCCACACCAGGCGAGUCCCACACCACCUCUCACUCUUCAUGGACAUAUUGCAGGACACAGCUCUGGACACUUUUCACCACAGAGUUUCGACCACAGCUGCAACCACAGUCACAGCCAUGGCCACGGUCACAGUCACGGUCAUAGCCAUGGCCAUAAGAGCGGAGGAUCACUGUUACAACAGUAGAUGUUUUCAGAUGAGUUUGCCUUGGCAAGGAUCCACUUAUGAAGGCUUAUCCUAUAAAAGCUACUCAGUUUUUAUCAUCUAUAACAUCCUGCAGCAUCUCAGCACUGAUUGUGUUUCUGCCUGCUUGUAUAAUUAAGUCUAGUUGUGUUUUUUUUUGAAAGUUCAAAUAUUUCUGGUGACUUGUCAUUUUUAAAAAUUCUAAUUUUCUAUAUUUUUAUUCCUACUAAUUAAAAAUUAAAUAAAAACCUUCUAAUCUCUUUCUUACAAAUUGGAAACCAUAAUUGAUGCACAGAAGUAACAAUACAGACCCUAAUAGGGCUGUAUUAGCUGCAUGGUCAACCCAUAAGAAAAAUGACUAAUAACCAGUGUGCAGUGUUGUUGGAGCAGUCAUGUUUUCCCAGUAUUUUCUAAAAUAUUCCAAUCUUUUUAUGGUAGUAUUAAAAAAUGUAUUUUAUUUUAUUAGACCAACUUCAACUUACCAACUAUUCAUGGUAAGAAAUGCAUGUAAAUAAUUGCAAUUUGGCAUCAAGAAAGCAAUCAUGUGCUUUACCAGUUUUUGUAAAAUAGUACAUUUGAAAAUUCAUGGAUAACUAUAUUUUAGCAUUAAAUAUAUUUUGAUUAAUAGUGUUUGCACAUACUGGUGGAAUAACCAAAUAACACCAAAUAUGAUUUUUAUGCCAGUGCUAUUAAUUUAUGAGAGCUGCUGCGUAAUCCUUAUGCUAGUUGAUGGUCUAGUAAAAUUGCUAAGCACUGUAUCUUUCUAUUUUUCUUUUUUUGUCUGAUUAUCUGAAUUUGGUGUCAGCAGGAUGUACUCCACUUCCUGUGUUGCAUCUAGACAAACAGUCCAAACAAAUUUCACUGAUUAGGUUUAGAGAGUGGUUUCCUUUGUGGUUUUGGUCCAUUUCUCUGCAAGUUAAGUUGUCAUGUUUACGCCUAAAUUAAAGGCCUCUGUGAUGAGUAAAA